AUGACCACACAGUUCAAGGACCGCAACCUGCUUGCGGUGAUUGGAGAUGAGGAUACAGUGACUGGGAUGCUCCUCGCCGGUAUCGGCCAAGUGGGCGAGCACCAGAAGAAGAACUUCUUCAUCGUUGACUCUAAGACGCAAGUGCCCACGAUUGAAGCUGUCUUCGAGGAGUACACCGAGCGCAAGGACAUCGCGAUCGUACUCAUCAACCAACACGUUGCGGAGAAGAUUCGUCCAACAGUCGACAAAUAUCAGCAAGCUUUCCCAGCACUGCUCGAGAUCCCGUCCAAAGAUCACCCAUAUGACCCGAACAAGGACUCUGUAUUGAAGAGGGUACAGAAGUUGUUCGGCGAAUAG